AUGGCCGCAAUCAUCGUCGAGAUGGCCUCGGCCGUGACCACUUCCUCGGAAGUCGGUGAAUCCUUAUCCGGCAUAUUUGGCUGCAUCAGCUUAGUCGCCUGGAUAUGUUUGCUCCUUCCUCAGCUUGUCACCAAUUACAAGGCCCAGAGCGCAGAUGGGCUCUCAAUGGGCUUCCUCUUCAUCUGGCUCCUCGGCGACAUCACAAACCUUGCUGGCGCCCUCGUUACGAACCUCGCCCCCUCCGCCGUCGCGAUAGGAAUCUACUUCUGUGUAGCCGACGUGAUUCUCAUCUCCCAGUCCCUAUACUACAACGCUGUCAACGCCCGACGGAGGAACCGUGAGCGCCUCGCCUCGUUGCAGGCACAGGCCACCGAGGAGGAGCCCCUCCUCUCCCGCAGGCGGUCGAGCUCCGGUGCCGGGGGGCUGCCGGGAAGCCACCGGCGCCACUCUGUGCGGCGGGGCUCGUCAAGCCUGGACCCGCUGACGAGGAUCGUGACGGGGGAGGACGAGACCCCGCUGCGGAGCCCGUGGUUGACUAACACACUGAGUCUCUUUGCGGUGUACGCGCUCGGCGUCGCGGCCUGGUUCGUGAGCCGGGAGGUGCUUUCGUCAGACGGUGGCGGCGCGCAGGACCCUGCCGGAUCUGAACCGGCGGGCGCGGGCAAAGACCCGGUCGUGGUGGUGGGUAUGGCCCUGGGGUAUAUCAGCGCACUGUGUUAUCUGUGCGCGCGCAUCCCGCAGAUUAUCAAGAACUGGCGGGAAAAGUCCACCGAGGGCCUUGCGCUGCUCUUCUUCCUUCUUUCCCUCACCGGAAACCUCACCUACGGCGCCAGCCUCGUCGCAUAUUCCCAGGACGGCGCCUACAUUCUCAAGGCUCUGCCCUGGCUGCUGGGCUCGCUGGGCACGAUCGCCGAGGACGCGAUCAUCUUUGUGCAGUUCAAGUUAUACUCCAAGACAGGCCAGGCCAAGGAAGACGCAGUCGAGGAGAACGGUGGCGCGCCAUCAUACCCAGCUUAG